AAUAGGAAUUAUUUACUUCUUGGGACAAAACAUGAGGGUUUAUUGGUUGAGGAGUGUAUUGUGUUUUGGGUGGUUAUGUGCUUAGCAGGGUAUUUCGUCUUUGAUCUUUUGCAAAAUGCAGCUCCUGUUUAUGUACGUUUUUCUUGGAUGGGGUGGAUGUGUAGGAGGGGAUAGGCCAUAUGCAUGUAAGAAAAGCUUCAUUAUGUUCUCUGUCAUCAGAAGAGAGGUAUCACCAUAGCACAUAUUGGCCUACAUUUAUCAGACCAAGGAGGUGAUAUCUCCUUGAUCAGACAAGAUAAAGGUCUUCUACCAGAUUGAUGCAUACAGUUUGACAGCAUCCUUCAUGUUUUUGUCAAAAUAUCCUUGGAUUACAUUGGAUUUUUUUCAUUUCUUAGAAUGCUGCAGAUAUUAGUGGAUACUUUGAGGUCAUGAUGUAUGUCUCAACGCCAUCAUAGAGGUACUCCCAUUACGCAAAACAACUGGACGAUACUACUGCAGAUUGUCAUCAUCUAUACAACCAGACAUCUUGCCAAGCGAGAGGGUAGAACCUUCCCAUCAUGCUUCCAGUGAUGAUCCUGGCAGCGGGUCACCUUCAUUGGUUCUCAUUGAUCAUCUUCCUCCUUGGUAUCAUCGGUCUUCAUGGCUUGCCCACCGAUCCACCUCUUAUCUUCUCAUAUGAUGACACCACACCUUUCCCAGAUGCCAUCAAGUGUUUUACCUGUGAUAGUAGAAAGACUAAUGAGGAGUGUAAUGACAGGGCUUAUGAUGCCUUCUGUCCACAAGGUACAAAGUACUGUUACACCUCGCAUCAUCUCAACAGUCUAUCCGGUGAAAGUGUCAUGAUCACUAAACUGUGUGCUACUAACGGAGAAUGCACUCCAAAUGUUGUGGGUUGUUUUGAUUUAUCCUCUCAACAAUUUGAUACAAAGAAAUGUAUUUCUUGCUGUGAGGGCUCGAAGUGCAACGAGGCCGUUCCCACGAACUCAAGCACAGCUGUUUUUACAACGAUCACGCCGUACAGCCACGGAACGUUAUUACAAUCGUCAAGACCGUUCACAUUGCUGUGUUUAGUCUUAUCAACGGUGUUAGUCAGAGGAUGGUUAUGGAGCAUCUAGCACUUUGAAUGAGUUCAGACUUUCUCUUUGUGUGAACACAAUAUCGUUCAUUUGAACGUUUCAGUCUCUACUUGUGAUAUGUGGUGUACAUUUAGCUGAAGUGAGAACAGUCCCCAACCAAGUGGAGUAGUACUAUAUGCAAUGCCAGGAUAAAGCUUGUUAGGGAUAUGGAUACAAGUUUUGCAGCAGAUUAAAAGACACAGCCUCGAGGAAAGUGAUGAAAUCAGACAGUAUGUCAAACUUUUUAAGUUUUUGCUCCAUAUGUUCACCUUUUCCUAGGACAAACCCACCGAGAAGCAACCAUUAUGAAGACUUUUUUCCCACCAUGGAUGAUCUUCAUUUACCCCAAACAGACUUAUUAACAGUUUGGUCGCAAGAUGUUUGGAUGGUGACAUCAUUUCUUGGACCACUCUAGCACGUACAGUACAUGCACUUGUUCAUGUAUACAUGUACAUCAUACUAAUAGCAGUUUUAAAGCACUUUGCUAAAUAGCUUGAUAUCCAAGAACAACAUCAGCAUUUAUGGGCUGACAAGCUAGUCGCCAAGUCCGACAACUUUCCCUGGUUUUGAUUGGCUGAGAAGCACAGGUACCAGACUGUUACUAUGGUAACUGUUGGAUAAUGACCUCUUGUCAGUGCUGACAACUUUCAUGAAAUUGUCCUUGGAUCCUUAGCAGACCUCGGCCUCGUUUCACAAUGACUUAAUAUUAUAAUGACAAAUGCACAAUUGCUGUAGCAAAUUUACUAUCAACCAAUAAGAUAGGAUUUCAGUAGCUGUUGACUGUUAUUGCAAAUUUGUUAUUAUAACAAGUUUUAUAAAAUGGGCCUCGGAAUUACAUGUAGUUGAUCCUUUGGCUGCUGAUAUUUUUUCUCUCUUUAAUAUCGGUUUGGAAACAUCUACAUGUAGUCAUUUUAUUAUGAACGUGGGCAUAGUAGUCUAGGUAGAUGUAUAUAUUUUUUUUCAGUGAAACAAGAGUGCAAGAAUAUAUAUUCUGUGAAUAUGUACAUAUGAGGAUAACUUAUAGAGAUCUUUUAUCUUGUUUUAUAUGUACAUUAUGAUGUCUAUAGUGUACAGUACACUGGCAAGAAUAUUUGAUGAAUAUUCAAAGAAUAAAGAUUUGUCUACAGUGUAUUGAUGGCAUAAUUAUGUUAAAUGAUAAAUGCAGAAAAUGAAUGUUACCGGAAUGUGUAGAUGAUAAAGUGCAUUAGAAAUUGCUCUCAUAAUCUUUUUUGCAUACAUCAGUGUGCAGGUUUUCAUGUAAAUUAUCUUUGGUAAUGAUACAUGUAUAAAUGGCAUGCUUAGGGAUGUGUUACAGAGAGUUACAUGUACAUGUACAUGUAAGUCAGACUAAAAAGCACACUUAAAUUUCCAUUUGCAUGCGAUACAUAUGGCAUCUGCUUAUUGGUCAGAAUCAAGCUCAUGGGAUGUGCACUACUGCAUAUUGAUCAAUCAGAUUAUAGGUAAAAUAUCAUGUGCGAAUUGGCACAAAUGUGCAUUUAUAUUAUGUAUGACUUUUUGUCAGACUUCACAACUCUUUGUGGAACGAUCCCCCACCCACCACCCUUUCCCCCUUCCCCCUUUCAGAUUAUGAUGCAAUGUCCCUAGAACCUUUGAAACAUAAUGUAAUAUUGGCCUGGUUCCUAAAAUUUAGAAAAAGGCCAAUAAUACAUUUAUUUCAGUGGUUCAGUGGGUCUAAUUAUGUAUUCAUGAGGUCAUACAUAUCUUGGGGCCCCAUGGACCGAUUCCCCACAAAAUUUGGAUUGUAGGGGUUUUUCAUCAUGCUCGGCCAAAAUAUGGUAUCAAAAAUGGUAAAAUACAAAAAUAGAAAAUUGAUGUCACGCUGUGAACAGGGCUCUGUAAAUGUAUUUUCUUUAUGCUUGCCCAUUCUCUCUGGGCUGCUUUGCCUAGAAUAUGUCAUGAUUUAGAGAGAGACCUUUGAGGCUGCGGUUCCUAAUGAUUCGGUUCGCUUUUUGCCUCCCAGGCACAGGCGACGCCAAACAAAUGAUAAUAAUUGCCCCGAGCAUAUCCCACUUGCUUUAUUUUCCAGUAUUGAAAAGUAAUGAUAAUUUGAAUAAAAUUUUGCAACAUUAAUAUGAGUUGGCCAUGCUAUUUAUGCUAUGAGCAGUACAUUAAUUGAAUAAUUCAUUUCUAAUUUAUUCUCAAAAAAAAAAGCUUGCCCUUUCAUAUUUUUUAUUUCCCCAAGUAGGCAAGUGUCCGUAAAUCCCUAUCUGAACGUUUGUUUUGUUUGAAAGCUGUACUACAUUCUAGCAUGCUUGUUCAUGUAAUGUUGGCCUAUGCAGUAUGAUAAAUCAAUAUGAAUGCUAUAAGCCUGUUCACGGUUGUAAACUUCGCACGAGCAGAAAAAGGUCAUUUGAGAUAAACCAUGAAGGUGGCUUUCAAAUUCACUGACAUAGGCAUUUGUGAUUUGAUGAUUAUUCAUGUAUUCCUUUCAAAAUAUUCAUUUUAUCACAUCCAAGCUGAAGAGUAAUAAAUAGAACCUUCAUAAUCACUGGUAUUUGACAGUAGCCUAUAAAACAAUAGUCGAAUGUGCCAAAGGCAGACAAUAAAGCAGAUUUCCAAACUUUAUCCCUGAUGUACUAUUCUAGUCACCUGGUCUAUACAAUGCCUUUUGUUCUUAGAAUUUGAAUACUCUACCGGUAAAGCUUACGCAACAUCUACAUUUGAAAAUGAUAGUACUUAUCCUAAUGAAAAAUCACAAAGGUCAUUUGAGAAAAGUUGAUCAUGAGCUAACCGUGAACUGGCUUAUUGAUAACAAUUAUUGUAUUUUAAUUCCUGUAAUUGCUCAAUGACAGGGUAUUUUUCAUAAGUUUUUUUUCUUGCCAUUUUUUAUUUUUUAUGUGUACAACAUGUAGUUAGAGCAUCAAUGACUUUUUAAUCUUUUUUUAUUUAAAGACUUGGCCAGAAGUAAAAUUAAAAUUGACAGAUUAAUAUCAAUCAAACUAUUCCACAGAAUUCAAUGAGAUGUAUGUGUGACUUGUGUUUCUGUAUAAAACCAAGCAGUUGUACGUCCGUGGUUUAAAUCUUCUUCAUGCAUUUCCCUUCAUUCUUUUAUUCCUUUUCCUUCUUCAUUCUCAUUUCCUCCAUGUUUGCGCCUUAUAUCUCUAUUCUUCAUCCCCCCCCCUCGAUCUCUCUUCACUUAUAUCUCAUAGUCCUCUGUUUACUCUUGUCAUUUUUUUACAAUUUGUGAUGGUUAUUACUGUAAUGUAUAUACAGUUAUGCUCAAAAGUAAGUGAACCCCACCACACUUCAUCAUGCCGUGUUGAAUGAAGACAACACUACAAUAUUCGGCAAGUCCACAGAAACAAAGUACCGGUAUAUUGAAUAUAAUAUUUUAUCCCUGGACUUCACAAUUAUAAACCUAAACAUGGCAGACCCUGAACACUUUAAAUUAUGUUCUGGCGGGGCUCACUAGCUUUUGAGUACCACUGUAUCUCCUAUUUAUCGUGCAAACAUACUGGCCCAAAUUCACAAAGGUGGUUUUGAAAACCCACUGUUGAGUCCAUGGUUUAUGCAGAUUUCCUGUAUAAAUUACGCUUAAUAUACCGCGUAUCGGGCGCGUUUAUAAAAAAUGUCCAAUAAGGAUGCACGCUUUUGUCACAGUGCGCCAAAUUGACGCCUGUUGCCAUGGUUAAGUACGCUAUUUUAAACAUGAGUCCACUGUUUUGAAUUACGGAGUCCAUUCUUCAAACAGUGGACUAAUGAAUAAAAUAGCGUGGAUAACCACGGCAACAGGCGUCAAUUUGGUGCACUGUGACAAAAGCCCGCAUCAGCAUUGGACAUUUUUUUAAUAUACGCGGUAAAUAAGCAUUAUUUAUACAAUCAUGGGUUUUCAAAACCACCUUUGUGAAUUCGGGCCACUAAGAUGGAUGAAGCCAUUCAUUUGUUUACUUACCAGGUAGUAGUUAUCUCUGAAAUUCAUACUCUGAAAACCUUCAUAAGUUAUUCUUAAGUAGGAUUUUUUUUUAUUCUUGAUAACAAGCUGAAUAAAGAAUGAAAUUCAUCAUGGUGUUUCUCCUUCAAGAAUACAGUAUUAUGCAUAUGAAAGGCAAAAUAAUUUAUUCUAAACAGUCAUUGAUAACACGUGUACAUUUACAUAAUGAAUCAUUGAAAUUGUUAUAUCUAUUCUCUAAUAAGUUCAGAACAUUUCAUUUGAAUGCAUAGGAAAGAUCUUAUCCCAUGAUUUACAUGAAUCACAUGGAAUAUACACAAUAUUUGUUAGCCGUGUUUAAUGUGGAUUGCAAACAUACAAAAAUGUUAGCCUGUCCUCUAUAAUCUUGAAAUAAUUGGUUAUAAGCAGAAAGGCAGAUCUAUACACAAUUACAUGUAAGGUCUUAUGACACAUGAUCAUAAAGACGAAUAAACCAUUUAUUUGUCAACAGCGAUAGUAGCGAGGUACCACGAGCUUUCCUUGUUUUAAUAGAAAAUUAUUAAUAGUACUGAUAGGCUUCAAGAUUAAUACACUCUUUUCUCAACUCAUUGAUGUGUUUAAAUGUCCAUAAUUAUCUAAUAAAAUCUAUGUUUAACUAUUACAUGCAAUUUGUUCCGUACACAGCUGUACAAAAGAUGUAAUAAAUAACUAUGUUCCUAUUUUGUACAUACACACAGGAAAUAAAGACUGUCAAAGAAA